GCUACUUGCGGAGACCCCUAGACCGCGUAAAUUUCCGAACGGAAAAUUAUCGGCCGAUUCUCUUCGCAAAGUAAUAAUGAAUCUUUGGGAUUAGUUUGACAAGUGCCUUCCACGUGCGCGAAGUAAAAUGGCGGUAUCAUUCUGUGUAAGAAGAAUCGCCUCGGCACAGCAGAAUUUCUUGAAGAUACCCAAACGACACGGGUACAUAGUCUUGCUACCAGAGAUAGGGGAGGAGUCGUCCGAGAAGAAUCCUUUGUUAAAAAAUGACAACUUACCUGAAUUUAAUACAAUUACAAUUGAAAAAUGUAUCGCUGCUAUUGGGAGGCAAACUGUGGAGUUCGAAGAGAAGAUGAAGAGUUUCGAGACAGUUGUAGAGUCAACAAAAGAUCUAGAUGUAUUUAAUGAUGUGUUGCACCCCAUUGAAGAUACAUACCUGCCUUUAGAGAUUACAUGGGGCAUAGCGAAGACUUUAUAUUUUGGCAAUCAGAGCGUGAUGCCCACAAAGUCUUACACGGGCAUUCAUGAGCGUGCAAUAAGAGCUAUAUCUAACAAAUUCAACAAUGCAACGGUCUAUAAAGUAUGCAAGGCAGCCCUGGAGAAUAAAGACCUAAAAUUGACGCAUUCGCAGAGGCGAAUAUUGGACAAGUAUGUAUUGGAAGGAACAAUGAAUGGUCUGCAUCUCGAAGGUAAGACUCGCGAGCUGUUUGUGGACGACAUAGACUAUAUUGGAUUCAAAGUCAGCGAUUACAAGAUGAAAUACGAGGGUGCUACGGGAGCUUACAGUAUGUUGAUACAAAGCGAAGAAGUCGUGGAGGAUUUCCCAGAGGACUUUCUCAAAAUCGUGGCGCUCGAUCCUAAUCGUUAUCUCUCCGGCCCAUGGAAGAUCACUUUAAAGCCGUACAUCUUGGGACCGUUUAUGGAGUAUUGUCCUGAUCGUAAAUUGAGGGCGACAGUUUGGGACGCCGACGUCACCCGAUGCUCCACAUAUCAGGAAAGGUCUGUUCAGUCCAGUGUAAUUUUGGAGGAAAUACGAGGCAGAAGAUUGGAACAGGCGCAACGUUUGGGAUUCAAGCAUUUCGUGGAUAUGAACAUGCAGACGAAAAUGGCUGGCACUUUUGAGAACUUGCAGAACACACUGGAAAUUCUUCGGAGCACAGCACGACCUGUUCAAGAUCAGGAAAUCGCAAGUUUGAAGGACUUCGCGACGGAUAGGGACUUUACAGACGAUAUAAGGAUGUGGGAUAUAGCGUAUUGGGGUAGGAAACAACGUCGCUUUUUAUACGACUGCGAAGAUAAUAUACUGAGGCCGUACUUCCCGUUGCCGACCGUAUUGUCGGGCUUGUUCGAACACGUCGAGAUGCUUUUCAACGUGAAAAUCGUCGAGAGUAAGAAGGCAGACAUCUGGCACAAGGACGUUCGGUUCUUCGACGUGUUUGACUUGAAUGUGUCCAGCACCGUUCCUGUAGCCAACUUUUAUCUGGACCCCUACGCCAGAGGCACGGACAAGUUUCGCAAAGAGCAGUCCUCGGGAUGGGUGUCCACGAUCAAAAGCAAGAGCAUAGUCAACGGUAGUGAUCCGUUGAUCGCCCUGAUUUUCAAUUUCCCGCCGCCGAUGGACGGCAAACCUUCUCUGCUGUCCUUCAGGGACGUGCGGACACUCUUCCAGAAGUUCGGACAUGCCCUGCAGUAUUUGCUGACCACAGUCGAGUACUCGGAUAUCUCCGGAUUGUCAAAUGUCGAGUGGGACGCAGUGUUCAUUUGCGACUUCUUCCUGGAGAACUGGUUGUACGAGCCGUUCAUGCUGCGCAAGAUCUCCGAGCACUACGAGACGAAGCAACCGUUGUCUGCUGAGAUUAUUGAGAACAUUAAGAAGAUGAGAUCGCAUCUCGCCGGUUAUAAGCUGUGCAAAGAACUUUACCUGUCGCAAAUGGACUUACAGCUGCAUUCCACUGAAACGUUUUGGGUGCCCAUGAUGAAGCAACAGUGGCCGAAAUAUUUCGCGCUGCCGCUCGAGAGAAGAGACGUCCACGUCUGCUCCUUCGACGUCAUCUGGUUUGGCAAUUGGGCAGCCGCAUAUUACAGCAAAACCUGGUCGGAGAUGAUAGCCGCCGACUUGUACAAGGCGUUUCAAGAGAUCAAGUCUGACGACAAGCCGCAGCAGAAAGAAAUAGGCGCGAGGUUCCGCAACACGUUCUUGGCUCUGGGUGGCAGUUACCCCGCCGCUGAGAUCUUUAGGAAAUUCAGAGGCAGAGAUCCGAGCCCUCAAGCGUUGCUCGAUAAUCUCAACUUAACGCAAGCGACCAAGGAGACUAACUGAUGUAAUUAUGUGAUCGGAUAGAUUCUGUCACUGUAUUAGCUGCAUAAACAAAUAAAGCAGACUUCUAUAGUAAA